UUUUCCCUCACCGCUCCAUCAGUCCAGUCACCACCGAGUCUGGUGAGUGGAGGACAGACUGUCGCCGGAAGGGGAAAAGGGAAAGCUGUAACACUGCAGGAGCCGGAGUCAUGGUGGACGCGAAGGAUGCGCUGUUAUCGGUUCUGCCAAAUAUUCGGUUACCCAGGGCGGGAGACCGGGUACACAAGGAUGAGUGCGCUUUCUCCUUCCAGACUCCGGAAUCGGAUGGCGGCCUGUACAUUUGCAUGAACACUUUCCUAGGAUUCGGUAGUUCUAAUGUAGAACGGCACUACAACAAAACCGGGCAGAGGGCCUACCUGAACCUCAAGAGAACCCUCAAACCGAAAACAGAGGACUCUAGUUCUACCACCGGAGAUCCCCCUCGCAAGAAACCGACCCGCCUUGCUAUAGGGAUGGAGGGUGGAUUUGAUAUUAACGACGAGCUUUACGAAUUUGACGAAGAGGUGAAGCUGGUCAUCCUGCCCGAGUUCUUGGAGAUCCAGAGGGAUGAACUGUCAGCACUCCCGGAGAUGGUCAGGGACCGGGUUUCCACGGCCAUAGAUGCCAUCAUGGCUGCAGACUCGGCCUCCCGUAAACAGGAAAUCCAGGCAUGGGAUGGAGAGGUUAGACAGGUGUCCAAACAUGCCUUCAACCUGCAGCAGCUUGAGGGGGUUCCCCGCAUCCCCCCUUGUGGCUGGAGGUGCAGCGUGUGUGACCUCCGAGAGAACCUGUGGCUCAAUAUGACAGACGGUGCCAUUUUCUGCGGCAGACGAUACUUUGACGGCAGCGGAGGGAACAAUCAUGCCGUUCAGCAUUACAAAGAGACAGGAUACCCACUUGCUGUCAAGCUUGGCACUAUCACGCCCGAUGGAGGAGACGUCUACUCUUAUGAUGAAGAUGACAUGGUUCUCGACCCCAACCUGGCUGAACACUUGUCUCACUUUGGUAUUGACAUGAUGAAGAUGCAGAAGACGGACAAGACAAUGACUGAGCUGGAAAUCGACAUGAACCAGAGAAUCGGGGAGUGGGAGGUGAUCCAGGAAUCGGGGGGCCAGCUACAGCCUCUGUAUGGACCAGGAUACACCGGCAUCCGCAAUUUAGGGAACAGCUGUUAUCUCAACUCAACUAUGCAGGUUAUAUUCAGUAUACCUGCCUUCCAGCACAAAUAUGUGGAAUGCAUGGAACAUAUAUUUCAGAAGGCCCCAGCUGAUCCAACACAGGAUUUCAGUGCCCAAGUAGCUAAACUUGGUCACAGUUUGCAGUCUGGAGUGUAUUCAAAGCCAGCACCUGAGCGGGAAGGCGACAUUGGACUGGAUCAGAAGGGCAUACAAGAUGGAAUUGCACCGCGGAUGUUCAAGUCGCUUAUCGGCAAGGGGCACCCCGAAUUUUCAACCAAUCGUCAGCAGGAUGCCCAAGAAUUCUUCCUGCACUUCAUCAACAUGGUGGAGAGAAAUUGCCGCAGCUCAACCAAUCCCAAUGAAGUAUUCCGUUUUCUGGUGGAGGAAAAGAUUAAGUGCUUGCAAUCUCAAAAGGUCAAAUACACGCAGAGGGUGGAAUAUAUCCUGCAGCUUCCGGUACCCAUGGAGGCCGCAUUGAAUAAAGAGGAACUAUCAGCCUACGAGCAGGGCAGGCUGCAGGCAGAGCAGGAUCACCGUCCCCCUCCAGAGCUUGUCCGAGCUCGGAUCCCCUUCACUUCCUGCCUUGAGGCUUUUGCAGCCCCGGAACAGUUGGAUGAGUUUUGGAGCGCCGCCCUGCAGGCCAAAUCCACAGCACUUAAGACGUCACGAUUUGCCUCAUUUCCCGAUUACCUUGUUAUUCAGAUAAAGAAAUUCACAUUCGGUCUGGACUGGGUACCCAAAAAGUUGGAUGUUUCCAUUGAUGUCCCGGAGGAGCUGGACCUGUCCCAGUUUCGCGGUGGGGGUUUGCAAGAGGGUGAGGCGGAACUUCCAGACGUUGCUCCCCCAUUGGUGACCCCAGACGAGCCCAAAGGUAGCCUUGGUUUCUAUGGCAACGAUGAUGACGACUCGUACUGCUCCCCUCACUUCUCCUCUCCGACAUCUCCAAUGUUGGACGAGUCUGUGGUCACACAGCUGAUAGAAAUGGGAUUCCCGGCUGAAGCAUGUCGCAAAGCUGUAUAUUACACGGGCAACAGUGGAGCAGAAGCGGCCAUGACGUGGGUGAUGUCACAUAUGGAUGACCCAGACUUUGCUCAGCCGCUGAUUUUAUCAGGUGUUAGCGUUCCAUCUGCAGUCACCGCAGGAGGAGACCCUCCUUCAGAGGAGCACAUAGCGACCAUCAUAUCCAUGGGCUUCUCUCAAGACCAGGCAGUGCGAGCACUUCGAUCUACGAGCAACAACCUGGAACGUGCCGUUGAUUGGAUCUUCUCUCACAUUGAUGACUUGGAUGCUGAAGCUGCUAUGGAUCUGUCUGAGGGGCGAUCUGUCCCAGAGUCAGUGUCAGAGAGCCUCCCGGCUGCUGGACCUCGUGUGAAAGAUGGAAAUGGCCGUGAGUAAUUAUUUGCGUUCAUUAGUCACAUGGGCACUUCCACCAUGUGCGGCCACUAUGUGUGUCAUAUAAAAAAGGAGGGAAGGUGGGUGAUCUACAAUGACCAAAAGGUCUGUGCGUCUGAAAAGCCUCC